AUGAGUGCUUACAGAAUGGCUUUUCCUGGGUUGCGCUCCGUCGCAACAAGGCGCGCGGUCAUCCCCGUGCGAAGGAGCUUCUCUACCUCGCCAUCCGUGAGAGAUGCUGCCGGCUCCACGUUGCCCGCUAAAAAACCUGUUGGGGCUUUUCGCGGAGGAAUAUUUGGCUUCCUUACUGGUACUAUUGUUGCCGGUGCUUCCGUCUACUAUUAUAUCCUUGGGGAGUACAGAGUGACCAACGAGAUGUUGACAGAGGACAUAUACUCUUCUCUUGCCUUGGCUUUCCCUUUUUCAUUUUCUUCUUUCUGUUUCAUCACUUGGUUCCGACCUUUCUUCCAUCUGUUAUUUUGA